CGCGUGCUACACAUCCGGGCUUCUGUUACUAGCGAGGGGAAGAUGGCGGCGGCAAGUGUGGUGCUUCCCGCAGAGUGGAUAAAGAACUGGGAGAAAUCAGGGAGAGGCGAAUUCUUGCAUUUGUGCCGGCUCCUUAGUGAAAAUAAAAGCGAUGAUAGUUCGACUUACAGAGAUUUCCAGCAAGCUCUCUAUGAGUUGUCAUACCAUGUCAUUAAAGGAAAUCUAAAGCAUGAACAGGCAUCUAAUGUUCUUAAUGACAUUAGUGAAUUUCGUGAGGAUAUGCCCUCCAUUCUUGCUGAUGUAUUCUGCAUAUUAGAUAUUGAGACAAACUGUUUAGAAGAAAAAAGCAAGAGAGACUAUUUUACACAGUUGGUAUUAGCAUGUUUGUAUUUAGUUUCAGACACAGUUCUAAAGGAACGCCUGGAUCCAGAAACACUGGAAUCAUUAGGGCUUAUCAAGCAAUCACAGCAAUUUAAUCAAAAAUCAGUUAAAAUCAAGACAAAGCUCUUUUAUAAACAGCAAAAAUUCAAUUUGCUAAGAGAGGAGAAUGAAGGUUAUGCCAAGUUGAUUGCUGAAUUGGGGCAAGAUUUAUCUGGAAAUGCUACUAGUGAUUUAAUCUUAGAAAAUAUCAAGUCUUUAAUAGGAUGCUUUAAUCUGGAUCCCAAUAGAGUUUUGGAUGUCAUUUUAGAAGUGUUUGAAUGCAGGCCAGAACACGAUGACUUCUUUAUAUCUUUAUUAGAAUCUUACAUGAGUAUGUGUGAACCGCAAACACUGUGUCAUAUUCUUGGAUUCAAAUUCAAGUUUUAUCAGGAGCCAAAUGGCGAGACUCCAUCAUCUUUAUACAGAGUUGCAGCAGUACUUCUGCAGUUUAAUCUUAUUGAUUUAGAUGAUCUUUAUGUACAUCUUCUUCCAGCUGAUAAUUGUAUUAUGGAUGAACAUAAACGGGAAAUUGUGGAAGCUAAGCAAAUUGUUAGAAAACUUACGAUGGUUGUAUUGUCUUCUGAAAAAAUGGAUGAACGAGAGAGAGAAAAGGAAAAAGAAGAAGAGAAAGUAGAUAAGCCACCUGACAACCAAAAGCUUGGUUUAUUGGAAGCCUUGUUAAAGAUUGGUGAUUGGCAGCAUGCCCAGAACAUUAUGGAUCAGAUGCCUCCCUACUAUGCAGCUUCACAUAAGCUAAUAGCCCUUGCUAUCUGCAAGCUUAUUCACAUAACUAUUGAGCCUCUCUACCGAAGAGUUGGCGUUCCUAAAGGUGCUAAAGGCUCACCUGUUAAUGCUUUGCAAAACAAGAGAGCACCAAAACAAGCAGAGAGCUAUGAAGAUUUGAGGAGAGACGUGUUCAAUAUGUUCUGUUAUCUUGGUCCUCACCUUUCUCAUGAUCCCAUUUUAUUUGCAAAGGUUGUGCGCAUAGGCAAGUCAUUUAUGAAGGAGAUUUAUUUAUUUGAAAGGCAGAGUUACAGAGAGAGAGGGAGAGACAGAGAGAGAUCUUCCAUCCGCUGGGGUUCACUCCCCAGAUGGCCGCAAUGGCUGGGGCUGGGCCAAGCCGAAGCCAGGAGCCUGGAACUCCAUCCGGGUCUCCCACGUGGGUGGCAGGGGCCCGAGUACUUGGGCCAUCAUUCGCUGCCUUCUCAGUUUCAGUCUGAUGGAAGCAAACAAGAAGAUAAAGAGAAAACGGAAGUUAUCCUAAGCUGUUUGCUUAGCAUAACUGACCAGGUACUUCUUCCAUCUCUUUCUUUGAUGGACUGCAAUGCUUGCAUGUCUGAAGAGCUAUGGGGAAUGUUUAAAACAUUUCCUUAUCAGCAUAGAUAUCGUCUGUAUGGCCAGUGGAAGAAUGAAACUUACAACAGUCACCCACUUUUAGUAAAAGUUAAAGCUCAAACAAUAGACAGAGCCAAAUAUAUCAUGAAGCGACUAACCAAGGAAAAUGUGAAGCCUUCUGGAAGACAAAUUGGGAAGUUGAGCCACAGCAAUCCAACAAUUUUGUUUGAUUAUAUCUUGUCACAAAUACAGAAGUACGAUAACUUAAUAACACCUGUAGUAGAUUCAUUGAAAUACCUCACUUCAUUGAAUUAUGAUGUCUUGGCCUAUUGUAUCAUUGAAGCUUUAGCUAAUCCAGAAAAGGAGCGAAUGAAACAUGAUGACACAACCAUCUCAAACUGGCUUCAGAGCCUGGCUAGUUUUUGUGGUGCAGUUUUUCGUAAAUAUCCAAUUGAUCUUGCUGGUCUUCUUCAAUAUGUGGCCAAUCAGCUAAAGGCAGGCAAAAGUUUUGACCUUCUUAUAUUGAAAGAAGUGGUACAAAAAAUGGCAGGAAUAGAAAUUACAGAGGAAAUGACAAUGGAGCAACUAGAGGCUAUGACUGGUGGAGAGCAGCUAAAAGCUGAGGGUGGUUAUUUUGGCCAGAUCAGAAACACUAAGAAAUCCUCUCAGAGAUUAAAGGAUGCACUAUUGGACCAUGAUCUUGCUCUUCCUCUCUGUUUGCUUAUGGCUCAGCAGAGGAAUGGAGUAAUCUUUCAAGAAGGUGGAGAGAAGCAUUUGAAACUUGUGGGAAAGCUCUAUGACCAGUGUCACGAUACCCUGGUACAGUUUGGUGGGUUUUUAGCAUCUAACCUAAGCACAGAAGAUUAUAUAAAACGAGUGCCUUCAAUUGAUGUGCUCUGUAAUGAAUUUCAUACACCCCAUGAUGCGGCAUUUUUCCUGUCUAGGCCAAUGUAUGCACACCAUAUUUCGGCAGGGUUAGAGGAAGAGACACAGAGAGAGUGGUCUUCGACCCAAAUGGCUGCAAUGGCCGGAGCUGGGCCAGGCCGAAGCCAGGAACCAGGAGCUUCUUCCAGGUCUUCCACAUGGGUGCAGGGGCCCAAGCACUUGGGCCAUCCUCUGCUGCUUUCCCAGUCGAAGUAUGAUGAACUUAAAAAAUCAGAAAAGGGAAGUAAACAGCAACAUAAAGUUCACAAGUACAUCACAUCGUGUGAAAUGGUGAUGGCUCCUGUCCAUGAAGCAGUGGUCUCCUUACAUGUUUCCAAAGUCUGGGAUGAUAUCAGCCCUCAAUUCUAUGCCACAUUCUGGUCAUUGACAAUGUAUGACCUUGCAGUUCCACAUACCAGCUAUGAACGAGAAGUCAAUAAACUUAAAGUCCAGAUGAAAGCAAUCGAUGACAAUCAGGAAAUGCCUCCAAAUAAAAAGAAAAAGGAGAAGGAGCGCUGUACUGCCCUUCAGGACAAGCUUCUUGAAGAAGAAAAGAAACAGAUGGAACAUGUACAGAGAGUUCUGCAAAGACUGAAAUUGGAAAAGGACAACUGGCUUUUAGCAAAAUCUACCAAAAAUGAGACCAUCACAAAAUUUCUACAGCUGUGUAUAUUUCCUCGAUGUAUUUUUUCAGCAAUUGAUGCUGUUUACUGUGCUCGUUUUGUUGAAUUGGUACAUCAACAGAAAACUCCAAAUUUUUCCACACUUCUUUGCUAUGAUCGAGUUUUUUCUGAUAUAAUUUACACAGUUGCAAGCUGUACUGAAAAUGAAGCUAGUCGAUACGGGAGAUUUCUUUGCUGCAUGUUAGAGACUGUGACCAGGUGGCAUAGCGAUAGAGCCACAUAUGAAAAGGAAUGUGGUAACUAUCCCGGAUUCCUUACCAUAUUACGGGCGACUGGAUUUGAUGGUGGAAAUAAAGCUGAUCAACUAGACUAUGAAAAUUUUCGACAUGUGGUACACAAAUGGCAUUACAAACUAACCAAGGCAUCAGUACAUUGCCUUGAAACAGGCGAAUAUACUCACAUCAGGAAUAUCUUGAUUGUACUCACAAAAAUACUUCCCUGGUACCCAAAAGUUCUGAAUCUGGGUCAGGCUUUGGAGAGAAGAGUGCACAAAAUCUGCCAAGAAGAAAAAGAGAAGAGGCCAGAUCUAUAUGCAUUGGCUAUGGGCUACUCUGGGCAGUUGAAAAGUAGAAAGUCAUACAUGAUACCUGAAAAUGAGUUUCAUCACAAAGACCCCCCUCCGAGGAAUGCUGUCGCCAGUGUACAAAAUGGGCCUGGUGGUGGGCCUUCUUCAUCAUCGAUAGGAAGUGCAUCUAAAUCGGAUGAAAGCAGUACUGAGGAGACUGAUAAAUCAAGGGAGAGAUCUCAGUGUGGUGUGAAAGCUGUUAAUAAAGCUUCUAGUGCCACUCCAAAAGGGAAUUCAAGCAAUGGAAAUAGUAGCUCUACCAGCAGCAAAACUGUCAAAGAAAAUGACAAAGAAAAAGGGAAAGAGAAAGAAAAAGAGAAAAAAGAAAAGACUCCAGCUACUACUCCAGAGGCCAGGGUACUUGGUAAAGAUGGUAAAGAAAAACCAAAGGAAGAACGGCCAAAUAAAGAAGAAAAAGCAAGAGAGACCAAGGAAAGAACACCUAAGUCUGACAAAGAGAAAGAAAAAUUCAAGAAGGAAGAAAAAGCUAAAGAUGAGAAGUUUAAGACCGCUGUCCCCAUUGUAGAAGCAAAAUCAUCUCAAGAGAGGGAAAGAGAAAAGGAGCCAUCCAGAGAAAGAGAUAUAGCAAAGGAAGUGAAAUCAAAGGAAAAUGUUAAAGGAGGAGAAAAAACGCCAGUUUCUGGGUCGUUGAAGUCACCUGUUCCCAGAUCAGAUCUUGCAGAGCCUGAAAGGGAACAAAAACGCCGCAAAAUUGAUACUCACCCUUCUCCAUCACAUUCCUCCGCAGUAAAGGUUACAGCCAUACUUCCAAAAGUUCCUCUGGGUUCUGAGAACUAUGCCAGCUCACCUGUCAUCUCCAUUCAUUUUCUACAGGACAGUCUCAUCGAACUCAAGGAGUCUUCAACAAAGCUCUACAUUAAUCAUACUCCUCCACCACUAUCCAAGAGUAAGGAGAGAGAAAUGGACAAGAAAGAUUUGGACAAGUCGAGGGAAAGAUCCAGAGAAAGAGAGAAAAAAGAUGAGAAGGACAGGAAAGAGCGGAAAAGGGAUCACUCAAACAGUGACCGUGAAGUGCCACCGGACAUAGCCAAGAGGCGUAAAGAGGAAAAUGGAACAAUGGGGGUAUCAAAACGCAAAAGUGAAAGUCCAUGUGACUCUCCUUACCCAAAUGAGAAAGACAAGGAAAAAAAUAAGUCAAAAUCUUCAGGCAAAGAAAAAGGUGGUGAUUCAUUUAAGUCCGAGAAGAUGGAUAAAAUCUCUUCCGGUGGCAAAAAGGAGUCCAGGCAUGAUAAAGAAAAGAUAGAAAAGAAAGAGAAACGGGACAGUUCAGGAGGAAAGGAAGAAAAGAAACAUCAUAAGUCCUCAGAUAAACACAGAUAAUGAAGACUUUAAAUCAAGGGUAUGGACAGACCCCUAAGCUGAAGGUCUCCCAGAGGAGGAUGCCAAAGCUCCAUGCGUCACUCUCAGAAUGAUAUCUCCCAUAUUUAAGAGCUUCUGGUGCUGUCCAUUUAAUGGGAAUCUGCUUUAAGUCAGAAGAUGAAUAUACACCACCAUCCUCUUGACGAGACAUUCCAAAGUCACUGAUUUUCAGAACAAUAUUUCCACCUCCACGCAGUUUCUUGCCGCAAGGUCCCUGUGUAUACAAUUUUUACUCAAGAUACGCCAUCCAGAAGCAGCAUCUAAUGAAAAUUUCACUAAAUGAUGAGUUUUAGUUCAUCCUUCUUUCUCAGAAAGGAGAGGAAGUCGCCUCCUGGAACCACUUCCUUGAUGAUGUAGAUAGGCUAUCAUUGUGUGCAAAUUCCUAUAAGUUUGACAAUAUGGGGAUGAUUAUAUUGCUUGAGGAUUUUGGCUUCUUGUAAAAAUUUUAAUUUCGUUUCCUGGGAAGGAUCUUCUUUAUAUAUUUUAACAGCAAUUUUAUCCUUUAAUGUUCCAUUAAUUAUGUUGUCAAAAUUUUGAUUGUCCACUAAUUCUAAAGUGACAUCUUCGUGACUGAGAAGCCAUUUCUUAUUGCCUAAUUAUGGCCAUACUGAUAGGAUCAUGCUCCUUAUUGGAACUGAGUCUUUUUUUUCUUUUGCAAUUUAAAAAAUUGUGAUGAAAUUCAGCAUUUAAAAGUGUACAAUUCAGUGGUUUUUAGUAUAUUCACUAUGUUGUGCAAUCAUCGCCACUGUCUAAUUCCAUAACAUUUCUGUCACCCUGAAAAGAAAUCCCAGGUCUGUCAACCAUACUCUGAAUUCUUUUUCUUCUCCUGACCCUUGUAAUUCACUGAUGUAUUUUGUCUCUAUGGAUUUGCCUGUUUUGGACAUUUCACGUAAAUGGAAUCAUGCAAUAUGCAGCCUUUUGUAUGUGGGUUCUUUGACUUAGCAUCAUGUUUUCAAGGUUCAUCCAUGUUGUAGCAUGUCAGUGCUCCGUUCCUUUUUAUAGCUAAAUAAUAUUCCAUUGAAUGAAUGUGUAUCAUAUUGUGUUUAUCCAUUCAUUGUUUGAUGGAUAGGAACAAUGACUUUUUAAGUAUUAAAACUGUAAGUUCAACAUUAGUGUAUCUAUGAUUAUCAUUGACAAUGUCAAGAUUAUACAUGGUGUGAACAGAAUGCUUUGUAGAAAUGAUAUGUAAAUUAUUUGUCAGCAUUUCAUGGAAGUGUGAUUAUUUUCUAAGGCCCCUUCUAGUUCUGGUUUUAUGAAAUAUGUGAAUGUAGUAUUUUCAUCAAUAAAGUAAUGCAUUAAGCAUUAGUUUAACUUUGAGAACAAUGUUAGGCAGAUAUGAAGUUAUUUGCCACAUAUUGUAAUGAUCAUGUUUUGAAUUUAUUUCAAUAUACAGUAUUUGAAAAAUGUCAAUACAUAAAGGAAAGGAAAUGAGUAUAAUUGAGUCAAUAUAUUUUUAAAGCAAUUUUUAUAAUUUAGCAGACAUUGCAUCUUAAUAUGUCGCAAUUAAAAUUGUGUCCUUAUGAAAAAUGUGAUGUCAUUUUUCUUUUGUUGAUCAUGUAAAAUGAAUUCUUUGCUACAUGUUAUGGUUUUCUUUUUUGAUAAGCUAUUGUUUAUGCUUGUAAAAUGUUUCCUUACUGCUAUUUCAUUUUUUCUCCCUACUCUUCCCCAGCCCUCCUUCUCAAACACAAAAAAUUCAUUGCUUUUUGUUUUUUAAAAAAGUCAUAAUGUGCCUGACUUUAGUGGUUUCUAAGAGUGGGCAAUAAUAAGAAAUACUCAAAUAUUUCAUCCCUUUCUGGGGACUUGAUUCAAGUCUUUAUUAUUGAUGGAACUUACUAAUUUUCCUUUCUUUUUUUCUUUCUCUUUUUAUAUUAAAAGAACCUAGCUGCCUUUUUUCCUCCCUUCUCUUUCCCACCUCCUUUUUCUUUGUUUCCUCCUUUCUCCUUCCUUCCUUCCCUUCCAGUCUUCCUUUAUUCCUUAUCUAUCAAUAUAAUCACUUUGUUUCUUUCAGGUGAUAUUGGAAUGAAAUUGUUCAUCUGUGACCAGAAAUUAAUUUUCCUGAAUAAAUUGCCGGGGAUUAUGAAUCGAAGAGGGCCCAUUUUCAUCUCCUUAAAUUAUUCAGUUAUCAGCUUUAUUGCUCCAUGCUGAAAACUUAAAAUUGUUGAAUUGUACAUUACUGUAUUUUAACUUGUUGUUUGGUUUCUACAUGUUUAUUUUCAGUAAUGGCUGAAAGUGUAAAACUGUUUGAUAUUUUUAGCACAAUGUGCUGCAUACAGUUUCCAACAAGCAAAUAAGGUUACAUGUGUACAGAAUUUCACUUUUGGUUAACUAAAUAUUGCCUGGGUUUAGUUGUUUUCCCUCCCAUCCCCCACCCAUUUCCUUUUUACUGUUCAAAAAUAAAAAAUUAUUGAACUGUUUUGAAUUUACCUCAUUUUAAAACUUAGUUUUAAUUUAUUAUUUGGCCUGUUUUUAAUACUUGUCACUAAAAAGUGGGAGCAAGUGUCUUAUGUAAUGCUUAGGAAUCAUUUUAUAAAAUAGUACAUGUGCAACAUUAAAAUCUGUUUGAAAAAGGAAAAGAUACCAUUGCUCACUUGUCCCUUGCCAUUUUUCCCCCUGUAAUUAUGUUAGACAAAUCUUGGCAGAGGCGGGGGAUCAGAAGUUUAUUGUGUUUUAAGUCUACAGCUACAGGAGCUUUGUAUUGCUGCGCUUUCAUCUGGAAAAGUUUCACAGUGACAUUUUUAAGAGAAUUUUUUUAUCUACUGAAUUCUACCUGUGUAACUUUUUUUCUAAAUAAACAAUAGUUUUCUCAUAUGAUUGUA